GUGUUUUAUUUUUUUUUUUCUGUGUUUGCAGAGGAACCUGUUGGAGGAAGAUUCAGAUGAAGAGGAAGACUUUUUCUUGAGAGGGCCUUCUGGACCAAGAUUUGGACCCAGGAAUGACAAGAUCAGGCAUGUCCAGAAUCAAGUGGACGAAGUCAUCGAUGUUAUGCAGGAGAACAUCACGAAGGUGAUUGAAAGAGGCGAGCGGCUGGAUGACCUGCAGGAUAAAUCAGAAAGUUUAUCAGACAAUGCAACAGCUUUCAGCAACAGAGCCAAGCAGCUUCGGAGACAGAUGUGGUGGCGAGGCUGCAAGAUGAAGGCGAUCAUGGCGCUGGUGGCAGUCAUUCUCCUGCUCGUGAUCAUCAUACCCAUAGUCCUGAAGUACCGUACCUGACGGGGCAGCUGGAGGCUUCGGUGGAGCUGGCUCUGGGAUAACCAAACUGCUGUGUAAUUUAAGUGAGAUAUCUGUAUAUAGCUUUGAAGUUGUUUUUCUCCAAGGAGCGAGGAGGCGGCGACAAGUAGCCAGUUCUAACAGAGUGUUUUAAGAACUGCCAAAUGACCCUUUUUUUUUCGUCGAGUACCUGCUCCUGCUGUCAGACUCUUUUUAUAACAGAAGAUUCAGUUCCCAAACCGCCUGUUUUGUGGAAUUCUGGGUCUCUGGUUUGGAGCUGGCUACUUGCCACUACAGUUUAUCUGUAUAUACGGUUGAGUUGUAAUAUUAAUAAUAAUACUGUUCGAGCAGUUCCCGCUGCCUGUUGUGGAAGGCACAGGGGACUCUGUCCUUUCAUCGGACCGAAGGAGGGAAAAAAUGUCUGAAGAGGAACAUACCAUUAUGCUACAGGGAACUGACCCUUCUGUGGAGAACUGCAAGGGUGUUGCUUCUCUCUUGUUCAAAAAAAAAAAAAAAAA